CCCCUCUCUACACCUACCGUAGUUUGGUCGGUCUGGGCAGGCUUCUAUCUUCUAGGUAUAGCGUGUUGUUUGUGCUUUGGACUCGCCAUACAUCGCGGUGUAUUCCCAAGGAUCUAGGUGUGAGACGUACUUCUAACAUUUGCAGGAUCUGGAAUGCUACCAACAGCAAGCAGCUAACAGUCGUAGUUAUUGCUGUCGUCAUCGCUGUCCCUGUUCUGGCAAACAACGCGUUUCAGUAUUCAGUCAUAUCUCCGUUAUUAUUUAGUCUUAAAACAAUUCACUUAGCGCCGUUGAUGGGAGUCGCUGAUAGCUUCCUAGAGGUGACAUUAUGGCCGAGCGUAGUCCUUGGGGCUCGCAUUGCGUUGUAGAAGUGCGUACUCUUCCUCACCUCUCUUUCGCGAAAGUGCCAUAGGGAAGAGCCUCCUUAUUGCAGUUGAGAAGCGGAAAGCGUUUCUUUAAUAUUAUUCGUAUCAGUCGGAGUGUCUCCUCGCUUAGCAGCAAUAUAAUUCAGCGAGAGGGUUUGGCGCCUAGGGGACCACGGCGUAUGGUCUGCGACCACGGCUAAAAGCAUCAUCUAGCAUAAGACGAUUAAGGUUCUUCUUUUUAUUUUACCGUCUGCUAGGAGUGCCUCAGUAGGACCUUGAUUGUGACAAUCAGAGUUUUUCUUAUAAUUCGGUCACCGUGACACCCGACUGGUAUUCCAGGAGGCCCUUUUAAGUAUUUCAGGAGGUCGUUUCAAUCAUCACCGUUCUCGGCCGGUCGCCGCCCUCCGCCCAUCAUGGGGGGCUGCAUGUCAGUCGAGGUGACGGUCGACAAGAAGGAGUCUUCCACGAGCCUUCGCAGCGCCCCGUCGUCCGCCACAACAGCCGCGAAGAAGAGCUCCGGCGGCUCCGACGCGCCCAAGAAGAGCGUCAACUCCACCGCCACUUCCGGCGCCAGUUCCGCCCCCAUCGCCAGUGCCGCCGACUCCUCCUUAGGAACCGUCACUACCACCACGACCAGCGGGGGAGGAGCUGGUGCGGCCAACGCUGCAAAGAAGUUCAAGCUGGCGGAGCUGAAGGCGGCGACCAACUCGUUCAGCAAGAAGGGCGUGCUGGGGGAGGGCAGCUUCGGGGAGGUGUACCGGGGGAAUGUGACUGAUAAGGUCACGGGGGAGGUGACCAAAGUGGCGGUGAAGGUGCUCAACCAGGAGAGCUCUCAAGGCAUGGACGAGUGGCUGGCCGAAGUGCUGCUCCUGCCGAGCCUGAACCACCCGAACCUGGUUCGGCUGGUGGGGUACUGCGCGGAGAAGGGCGAGGCGCUGCUCGUCUAUGAGCUAUGCGUAAACGGCAGCCUGGACGACAAGCUCUUCCCCUCGCGCAUGGAGGAGGCGUUUGACUGGAACUCGCGGCUGAAGGUGGUGCAGGGCACAGCAGGCGCGCUGGUGCACCUGCACGAGCACAAGGUCAUCCACCGCGACCUCAAGCCGUCCAACAUCCUGCUGGGCGAGGGCAUGGAGGCGAAGCUAACGGACUUCGGCAUGGCGAAGCAGGCAGCGGAGGGGGUGAGCCACGUGAGCACGCGAGUCAUGGGCACCCUGGGGUACCUGGACCCCGCUUAUAUGGAGACAGGUUGUCUACGGGAAAAGAGCGACGUGUUUUCCUUUGGGAUCAUCCUCCUGCAAGUGCUCACAGGGAAGGACGCCGUGGACGAGCGAAACGUGAAGCUAGCAGCCGCCAUGUACAAGCACCUGCACCCCAAUGUGACGGACCCCGACAAGUGGAUGGACCCGCGGCUGCAGGGCAAGUACCCGAGGAAGGGCGCGCUCAUGAUGGCGGCUAUCGCCAAGCAGUGCAUUGCGGAUAACGCGGAGGACCGGCCGGAGAUGAGCGAUGUGGAGGAGUUUCUCAACGAGAUCCAGAUGUUGUAGCGGGCAAGUAGGCAGGCACAGGCGCAGGUGGUUCUGGGGCUCCAGUGCUUGUUUCCAGGGUGGCAUCUGCAGCAGGUGUGUGACUGGCUGGAGAUGAGCGAUGUGGAAGAGUUUCUCAAUGGGAUCCUGAUGUUGUGGCGGGAGCGGAUACAGCUGAUGCCAUGGGACUGGAUACAGCUGCCAUUCCUUAGCUUGCUCCCGGUGGCAUCUGCAGCAGGUGUGGGACUGGCCGGAGAUGAGUGAUGUAGAGGAGCUCCUCAACGAGAUCCAGAUGUUGUAGCGGGGAGCGGCGGUCCUCGAGUCAUCUCGAAAAUAUGAGGAUUGGCCGGAGCAAAGAGGAGUUUGCGUGCCGGUUCCAGAUGUUGCAGCUGGGAUAGAUAGAUACAGCUGUUGUGUGGGAGCGGCGGCAUUCGUGAAAAAAUUACAAGGGCUUCUAGAGUUGCUCUGGUGUGCAAUGCAGCUAAUUUGGGGGGCCCUUCCAGCACCUGUUAUUUAUGGGGCAACUAUGGCCCCUUGCUCAAGUGCUCGUUUGGUAAUUUGUAAAUGGUCAUCUGCCAAUGGGUGGGCUCAGUUGGCGUAAAUUUCUGCUGCCCACCUUGUAGCUGAGUGUGGGAAAUGUUCUAUGAUGGCUGGGACGCUUGUGAAGGCCAGAUUAUGUCUUGGCAUGGUGAUGGGUUGCAGGUGUCGUGAGUUUAGUUGUACUAGUACAUCAAAUGCACAAUAUAUGAUAAUGCAGGUC